AAGCCUCGCAGGCGACGUCGGGGUUUGCGGUAGAGCGGAGAGAAGGCGGAGUGGCGCGUCUCCAGUCCGACUAGCCCCCUCUGCUCUCUGGGUUGCGCUCUUCCUUUGCCAGCCCCAGGGCGGAGGCCCUGACCUUUCCGCGCCGUCUGGUCUCCCUCCCUCCCGAGGCGGGCCGCCCCGUCCCUCUUUUCUCCUUCCCCCUCCCCUCGAGGGGCCGCCCCGUCUCACCCUCCUCUGUGCUGCGUCAGUCCGGGCGCGCCCCACCCGACCCCUCCUCUCCACCCUUCUCCCGCCUCUCCCCGCGGGCGGGCAUGUCGGGCUUCCCCGGAGGGCCGUACUACGGGGCGCGCCCCCGCUCGGGGCGGGGCGCUAGCUCGCCGCCGCCCCCUGGGCGUGAGGGCGUGUCCGGGGCGUGUCCGGGGCGGGGCGUGGGUCCGCAGCCGGGGCCUGGCAAGAUGGCGGCGGCGGCGGCAGCUGCGCUGGGGGCGGAGGAGCCCGAGCUGUGCCUGGAGUUGCUGCCCACCGACCCCCUGCUGCUCAUCUUCUCCUUUCUGGACUACCAGGACCUGGUCAGCUGUAGCUGUGUCAGCCGAAGAUUAAACCAGCUAUCAAACCAUGAUCCUCUCUGGAGAAGACACUGCAAAAAAUACUGGCUUUUAUCUGAGGCAGAAAAAACGCAGAAGAACAAAAGUUGGAAAACUCUCUUCAAAGACACUUAUAUUGAUCUGGGAAGAUAUAUUCAACAUUAUGCUACUCUAAAGAAAGCCUGGGAUGACCUGGAAAGAUACUUGGGACAGAGGUGCCCAAGGAUGAUUGGAUCUCUGAAAGACAGUGUGGAAGAGUGUGAGCUCGAUGCCGUGGAGGCCCAGAUUGGGUGCAAGCUUCCCAAUGACUAUCGAUGCUCCUUCAGGAUCCACAAUGGACAGAAGCUGGUGGUUCCUGGGUUGAUGGGAAGCAUGGCGCUCUCCAAUCAUUACCGCUCUGAAGACUUGCUGGACAUUGACACAGCUGCUGGAGGAUUCCAGCAGAGACAGGGCCUGAAGCAGUGUCUUCCUCUCACUUUUUGCAUACACACUGGGCUGAGUCAAUACAUGGCAUUGGAAAGCGUAGAAGGCCGCAACAAGUAUGAGAUCUUCUAUCAGUGUCCAGACCAAAUGGCUCGGAAUCCAUCAGCAAUUGAUAUGUUUAUCACAGGUGCUUCUUAUUCAGAAUGGUUUACCUCUUACGUGCAUAAUGUUGUAACAGGAGGCUACCCUAUCAUCCGAGAUCAGAUUUUCAGGUAUGUUCAUGACAAGGGAUGUGUGGCAACAACUGGAGACAUCACAGUUUCAGUCUCAACGUCAUUCCUCCCAGAGCUUAGUUCUGUGCAUCCGCCUCACUAUUUCUUCACUUACCGAAUCAGGAUUGAGAUGUCUAAAGAUGCCCUCCCUGAGAAGACUUGUCAGUUAGACAGCAGAUAUUGGAGAAUCACCAACGCCAAAGGUGAAAUCGAAGAGGUUCAGGGACCUGGAGUGGUGGGUGAGUUUCCCAUCCUCAGCCCUGGCCGGGUAUAUGAGUACACUAGCUGUACCACCUUCUCUACCACAUCGGGUUACAUGGAAGGACAUUAUACUUUUCAUCUCCUUUACUACAAGGACAGAAUAUUCAACGUGGCCAUUCCCAGAUUCCAUAUGGUGUGCCCUACCUUCAAGGUCUCCACGACCCCACGGGAAACCAGCCACGAUGAUUGUUCCGUGAUUGAGGAAGAUGAAGAAGAAGAUUCCACAGAUUCUGAUGACUAUGAAGGGCCCAGACUCGUCAACUACUCUCCAGCUCCGAGCCACUGUCCUCGGCACACCUGAGCUCCAAGUGGUUCUGAACGGUGUAAAUAAAUAAUACAUCUAUCUCCCGGGCAGCAAGCCAGCAGUGGGCCGAGCUGUGCUUUCUACCAGACGUUUAACUUAGGAGUUGGUUUGGGUUUUUUGUUUGCUGUAAGACAGGAGGGCAAAAGAAGGCUUUUAUUAAUCCUUUUGUCAAAUGGGAAAUUUGGUCUCGAGCUGCGGGGCUGGUGUUACUGCCUUGUUUAAAGUAUUUCAUAUUUGUAAUAUUUACAGAAGCUGGGUGUGUGGGCGGGGAGGAGGGGAGGGUCGGUUUUUAUACAAGCAUUGCAAAUGUAGCAGCUGUAGAAAGGGUAGAAGCGCAGAUCUCAACCCGCUGCCAUCUUCAGUCCUGGGUUAAGCAUUUCCUGCCAUUAUAAGUUGUAUACGAGGAAAUGCACUUGUAAUCUGGCCUUUUUAGCCCGGAAUCCAUUGUAGGGUGCCUUCUCCUGGUAUUCCCACUGGAGAUACCAGGCACCUGUCGUGGUAGACUUGGAUUACCUACCGGGAACUAAAAGUGGUCAACUUUCUCCCCUUGAAGACAAUCCAUCCUUGAAUUUAAUUUAGAUUAAAAAAAAAAAAAAAAAACCCUUACCAUUGCAGUAAUUUUAGAAUGUGGUAUAUAAAGCAUAUGCUGUGUCGUUUACUACUAACAAGAACAAUCUUGGCAAUGACUCACGUGGUAUAUACAUUUGUAAAUACGAUUUCUGAUUUUUUCUGCUUUAUACACUGUCUUAACUUUGUGAUAAGUGACAUGAAUUUUAUGUUAAGCUAAAUUUGUUUUCCUGAAACAUGGGUUUUUGUAAUUAUCAGAUUCUGAAUUUGGAAUGAAAUCUUGCAGGUGUUUAAAAUCACAUAUUUAAAAGUAACUCGGGUUUUUGA